UGUUUGACAUUUUCAUGUUGUUCUCCCACGUCAAAACUGUGAGAGUUUGCCGCACCCAUAUAAAUAUUUUAUAUAUCUGAAGUAAAUAGUAUUUUAUAAAAAUGGAUAAUAAUUUACCAGCUUGUGUUAUAGAUGUGGGAACUGGGUACACAAAAUUAGGUUUCGCUGGUAACAAGGAACCACAGUUUAUCAUCCCGUCAGCCAUAGCGAUAAAAGAAACUGCUAAAGUUGGUGAUCAAAGUACUAGACGUAUGACUAAGGCAGUGGAGGAUUUAGAUUUUUUCAUCGGCGAUGAAGCUUUCGAAGCGACGGGAUAUUCAGUGAAAUAUCCCGUUCGUCACGGUCUAGUGGAGGACUGGGAUCUUAUGGAAAGGUACAUUGAACAAUGUAUCUUUAAAUAUUUGCGUGCCGAACCCGAAGAUCAUCAUUUUUUGAUUACCGAACCUCCAUUAAACACACCGGAAAACCGAGAAUAUUUGGCUGAGAUAAUGUUUGAGUCAUUCAAUGUUCCGGGAUUGUAUAUCGCUGUCCAAGCCGUUCUCGCUCUUGCUGCUUCAUGGAAGUCGCGUACAUCCGCGGGACGUACGUUUACCGGAAUUGUCGUGGACAGUGGUGAUGGUGUAACACACAUUGUGCCUGUAGCUGAAGGUUAUGUUAUUGGAUCCUGUAUCAAGCAUAUCCCCAUAGCUGGGAGGAAUAUCACUUCAUUUAUCCAAUCACUCCUACGAGAACGUGAAGUAGGAAUUCCUCCUGAGCAAAGUUUAGAGACUGCAAAGGCAAUUAAGGAGAGAUACAGUUAUAUUUGCCCAGAUAUUGCUAAGGAAUUUGCUAAAUAUGAUUCAGAUCCCGGAAAAUGGAUGAAAAAGUAUACUGGUAUAAAUGCAAUCACUAAAAACCCAUUUUCAGUUGAUGUUGGUUAUGAAAGAUUUCUAGGUCCUGAAAUUUUCUUCCAUCCCGAGUUUUCUAAUGCUGAUUUUACUGUACCUUUAAAUGAAAUGGUCGAUGAAGUAAUACAAAGUUGUCCAAUUGAUGUCCGUAGAGGAUUAUAUGGUAAUAUUGUUCUGUCCGGUGGUUCAACUAUGUUUAGAGACUUUGGCAGGAGACUUCAGCGAGACAUCAAGCGUACAGUGGAUGCUAGGUUAAAACUAUCAACUAUGUUGUCCGAGGGGCGUAUAACGCCAAAGCCGAUUGAUGUCCAAGUCAUUUCUCACAACAUGCAAAGAUAUGCAGUGUGGUUUGGUGGAAGUAUGUUGGGUUCAACACCAGAAUUCUAUCAAGUAUGCCACACAAAGCAGGCAUACAUGGAGUAUGGUCCUAGUAUUUGCCGGCACAAUCCAGUUUUUGGAACCAUGACAUAAUUUUUUUCCAUAUUAUCAUCAGUAUUGGAAAUAUACAGUUAUUUUGAAUUGACUUAUUCAAAUAAUACAUAAGUCUAUAACUUUGUAAUGAGUAGGCAAUUAUAUAGCACUUAAUAAUUAUGAUUCUGUGCAUCAAUAAUUUUUUUUUUCUUUAAUUUUGUAUACUAUUACUAAAUAGGCUGAACAUUUAUUAUUUGUGGCUGGACAUUGUAUAUUAAUAAGCAUUUAAAUAAAUUGCAUUCCAGCAUUAUACCAAAUAAAAACUUUUUAAAUUA